AUGAACAAACAUGAGGUAUGUGAGGUCUGGACUGAGAUCCUCAAAUUCCACUUCCCCAUCUCGCAAAUUGGCAGGCCCGGCAACAACGAGUAUGCCAUCCAGGCCACACCCGGCACCGUCUUCCCCUUCGUUCAACUGUCCGUCGCCACACAGCUAGGUACGUUUGAAGCCACCCGGUUCCUGUUUCUCCACUGCAGAAGCUCUCCGAGACAGGCACAAGGACCGCCCUCGCCCCGGUGCGAGGAUCGUCUGAGAUUGCAGCUGGCCGAGGGGCUCGCAGCCAUUCCAGUUCAUGAUGGGCUUGAAAUCCAUGGUGCGAUUCCUUUCGGCCCACACAUCCGGUUCUACCGGUUGAUGGCGAAUGUUAUCUUUGGCUGUUGCCUCUGGGGUGCAAGAGACAGCUUGCAUGUCCUUCAUGACCAUUAUUUUAUUGCUGAGCAUCUAGAGGAGAUCAAGAGCGACUGGCUCUCGGUUUAUGUACCGGGGUAUUAG